AUGGGGAGCAGGUUGGGAAGAAGAGUGAUACACUUCGCAAACCUUCCGAUCAAGCUUCUAAUGCCUAAGACUUACGAGAACAUCAACGAGAUCGCACUCAAGACCGUCCCUUCCGCCUCCAAAAUCGAAAUCAAGCGCGUCUUGGAGUCGCUCUACGGCUUCGAAGUCGACAAGGUUCGCACGCUUAACAUGGAGGGAAAGAAGAAGAAGCGCGGCGGGAUUCUCUUCGCCAAGCCUGACUACAAGAAGGCCUACGUCACCCUCAAAACCCCGCUCUCUAUAUCUCCCGAUUUGUUCCCGCUGAAGGUUGUCGAGCAGGAGAAGGAGAGGAUGAACAAGCAGCAGAGGUCCGGCGAAGUCGUGGAGGAUGGUGGUGGAAAGAAGCAUUGGCUCGACGGGAGGAGAGAGGAGAGGGAGAGGAAUGUGAGCAGCCGCGGUGGCGGUGGAGGGUACAAGGGACGUCGCGGUGAUGCCGCGGCAGAGAAUCUAAAGUUCCCUUGGAGCAGCAUGAGGACUUCUAGGUAG